UCAGCCGACUUGGGGCUAGGGUUCCACAGCCACCGCCGGCCGCCGCCCUACACGGUCACCGCCGUCGCUGCCGCACUUCUCCUACUUCGUACCUGGUGCCCUACCCUUCUCCUACCACACCAAGCUAGGCUUGUAAACAUGUCUACACACGUGUCUGAGAGCUCUGGCACUGGUGGUUCUUCUGCAACACCACAUGGUAGGAGGUCAAAAGUGUGGGAGCACUUUGAGCAAGAUCUUGUCAUUGUUGGUGAUGUUCCGAAAGCUGUCUGCAAGUACUGUGCAAUGAAGCUUACUUGCACUAGAAGGUCUGGAACUAGUAGCCUCCUGAGUCACAUUUCCGAGUCGUGCAGAUUGGUUGAAGCUGAGGUUAGAGCUGCGUUUCUUGCAACCCUUAAGAAGAAACCAUCAGAUGUUGGAUUUGUUUUUGAUGCUAAGAAAAGUCGGCAACUCAUGACCAAGUAUUGCAUCCAUGCUGAGAUUGCAUUCAAGAAAUUCGAUGACCCUUACUUUGAGGAGUGGAUGGACUCAAUGCAACCAACAUUCAAAGUUGUUGGUCGUCAUACAGUUCGCAAUGAUUGCAUCCUUACACAUGAUGAGAUGAAGGAACAGCUGAAAGUCGAACUUCAGAGUCUUGAUUCCCGUAUUUGCCUAACGUCGGACAUGUGGACAUCUGUUCAGAAGUUGGGCUAUAUGUGUGUCACAGCGCACUAUAUUGAUGCCAACUUUGUCUUGAAGAAAAAGAUCAUAUCCUUCAAAGACGUGAAGUAUCCACACACAAAAGAAGCCAUUGAGGAGGCUCUUAGCCGGUGCUUGACAGAAUGGGGUAUUAAGCGCAAACUAUUCACUAUAACAUUGGACAAUGCAGCUAAUAACACUGGGGCAGUUAAGAACUUCUUGGAAACUCAGGACCAUGGCCUGAUGCUUGAAGGCAUAGAUUUCCAUGUCAGAUGUUGUGCCCACAUACUGAACCUCAUAGUUCAAGAUGGAACAAAGCAUAUCCACGGUUCAGUUGAGAAUAUACGUGACCUAUUUAGGCACGUCAAUUCCUCAGGCGGGAGAAUCCAAGCAUUCAACGCACUUGCCGCCAAUAAGGGUCUACCGGAGAAGGCUGGUCUUGCCCUUGACAUUCCAAGCCGUUGGAAUUCAACUUUCCACAUGCUCGUUCAAGCUAUCAAAUAUAAGGGAGUUCUAAACAGCUAUGCAAGUGAAAAUGGCGAAGUUGCACUCAACGCAAAAGAGUGGGUAGAUGUUGAAGUAAUAUGUGAUUUUCUUAAAGCUUUUGAAGAAGCUACAAAUGCAGUAUCUGCUGAUAGAAAACCAACUGCGCAUCACUUCUUGCACAUGGUGUUGUGUAUCCGCAAUGCAUUAAAGGAUCCCCAGUGGAAAGUGAAUGCAGAUAUGAUGAAUUUGUCUAUCUCCAUGGGUACGAAAUUCGAUAAGUACUGGAAGGAGGUCAACUUAAGUAAUGCACUUGUAAUCGCCACAAUACUAGAUCCAAGGAAAAAGGAAGAGUACCUAAACUUCUUUUUUGAAAAGUAUUGUGAGCAGCCCUUUGACACUGAGGAGACCGUGAAUGUUAUAAGCAAAGCGGUCAGGUUGUACUAUGAUCUAUACGAACAGCAGAUCAAGCGAAGAAGCAACGAGCACUCGGUGUCUCGUGAAGCCAGGAUUAAUAUGGGCUCACCUGUUCUUGGUAAAAGGAAACUUGAAGAAGAGUUUGCUCAGUACAGGUCAAGGAGGAGAGCCAACACACAACCAAGGUCAGAGUUGGAUGCAUACCUGGAUGAGGUUUUCAUUGAAAGCUCAGUUGGAACUACUGAUAUACUCACAUGGUGGAAAUCAAAUGCCGAAAAAUACCCGGUGCUCGCAGCUAUGGCUCGUGAUUUUCUUGCAGUGCCUCUUAGUACCGUGUCGUCCGAGUCAGCAUUUAGUUGCGGUGGAAGAAUUCUAGGAGAUACACGGGCCUCACUAAAACCACAUGCACUGGAAGCUUUAGUUUGCGGAAAGGACUGGCUUCUUAAAGUCCCAAGCAAUGAAGGUUCAAGCACGGGAGGUCCAAGCUCGGAGGUCCAAGUUCAAGAGUUGGAUGGUCAGAUUGUCUAAUCUAAAGGACUUGAAUUCUCUCAAGAGCAUGGCUGGGGAGAACUGGAAGAAGUUGGCUCUGAGUCAUCCAUGACUGUCGAACUGUAAUGCUAUUUGGGCGACCACCGUGGGAGACCUCUAACCAUGAGCGGAGCAGUAGUGGCGGACUGUCGAUAAGCUUGGGUUAAUUAUUUUUCUGGCUUGGACCCUGUGUGUAUCUGACAAGAACUAUUCUGUGACAUGAUUGUUAUGGUGUUUAGCCUCUAUAGCAGAUGAAGUUUCGCCAGAACAUUCAGUUCUAGUCAAGCAAAGAAAAGAUAGUUCUUGUU